AUGGAUGGAUUCUGCCUUCUUUAUCUGCUCAUGAUUCUCCUGAUGAGAUCUGGUGAUGUUGAAACCAAUCCUGGACCAGACAGGAUUGGGAUUGAGAAGGAAUUCUUGAAGCUUUCCAAGCUGAUUGGACCUAGCUACUACAAAGAGGUUGGCAUUAACCUUGACAUCUCCAUCGCAGAGCUUGGUCAAAUCAAGGAUCAUAGCCCAUGUACCAGUGAUGCAUUGAUGACAGUGUUCACGAGAUGGAGAGGCAAACAGCCUCCAGGCACAGACAUCAGGACUCUUCUUGCAGAGGGAUUAGAAAGAAGUGACUUAGGGUCCCUCUCUGGCGAACUACUCGCUGGCAGUCUGGUCCCGAAGCGGACAGGUGCAACUGUUACAAUGCCCGGAUCACAGACCCAUCCACUUUCUCCUGACCUGAUCAAGAGGUGUGCAGAUGAUUUCAAAUUUAAGUACCGGACAACUCUCUGUAAGAUCAGAGCUGAUCCUCUCAACCCUGAUUCCAUUGUACAAUUAAAAGACAUGUUCACAGACCUUGUACUGGAAGAGGAAUAUCGACAACGCAAGCGACCACUUGAGUACAGAGAUCUCUUUGAUCUUAAAGUCAAUGGAGAGUUCCCCAAGCGGAUCAUGAUUCAGGGUGAGGCUGGGGCUGGAAAGACAACAUUCUGUGCGAAGAUUGCCUGGGACUGGAUAAAUGACAGUCCUAUUCUCCCAAAGUUUGUGUGGGUACUUGUUAUCCCUUUUCGUGAAGCCAAGCAAUACACGAUCGGUGAGAUUGCCAAGUCGUAUCUCUCCAAGGACAACCCAGCAACAGCCUGCCAGAUCACUGAGUACAUCCGCUCAAAUCCUAAAGAUGUAUUCAUUGCGUUUGAUGGAUUAGAUGAGUUUGGUGACAAGGCUGUAGGGCAAAAGAAAGCUGGUUCAAAAUCAGAAUGUCUCCAGCCACAGUCCGCUGAUCAAACCAAGGCAAGAGGAAGUUCUUCAGAGAGAGGUGACAUUGCACUUGGAGACAUUCUAAGUUCAGAUGAAAUUGCUACUUGCCCGGUGUUGGUGACAAGCCGCCCAUGGAAGGUUACAGAGAUUCGAUGGGAUGAUAGUCUGAGGAAACUUUACACUUUCAUUUAUGUGGAAGGUUUUAGCAAGGAGAAUGUGAAGAAUUACAUUCACAAGUACUUUCAAGAUGAUGGGGCCACAGCAGAUCAGCUAAUCCAAUUAACCGAAGACAAUGACAUCAUAUCUGAGAAUAUGGCCCCGUAUCCUCUUUACAUAGCUAUGCUCUGCCUUAUGUGGAGUAAACGUGAUGACGAAAAACAAGAAAAGUUUAAGUCAUUAGAAACUUUUUCUCAAAUAUUUGAUGAAAUGUUUGAAUUCUUGAAGGUGCAUUAUACUCAGAAAAAGAUCACAGAUUUAGACAGCCCAUCUUUCCAAACCUAUCGCGCUCAAAUUGAGAAGCUCAUGGAACCAGUUGCCAAAAUUGCUUUCAUCGGGCUACAAGACAACACCCUUACUUUCAAAGAAGGUGAUUUCGAACAGUGCUCAGACUCCAUUGAAACAGCUUGCGGAGUAGGAGUGCUGUCUCGCGAGAAAAAAUUGUCACCUAUAAAUGAUAAGAGCAGUCCGUUCCUGCAGUCUACUAUCUACUUUCCACACAAGCUUUUUCAGGAGUACAUGGCUGGGGUCCAUCUUGCUUCCCUGUAUGAAUCAGAUCACAAUGAAUUCAACAGGCUGAUAGAGCAAGUAGUGCUGCCUAGGCAGGAAGAGUUUAGGCAUCUACUGUACUUCACUGUAUCCCGUAACAAAACCAUUGCAAACCAUGUCAUGAAAUGCAUGGUACGGGGUAACACCUCAAACCCAAAGGAGAUGGAUUUCUUGGUUGAUGUAUCCUUUGAGAGUCAGAACCUAGAUACCGUAUCCUUGGUGAGGGGUGGAAUGUCAUCUCUGACAAUAAAGCCAUUUGUGACGGCACACACCAUAGCAGGUUAUAUAUUCACUGGACUACUAGAUGUGGUCCAAACUGUCAUGCUUGCGGAUGUUAGGUGUCCAGCAUCAGCCUCUUCACAUCACCUUGUAGAAGCUGUGUGUUCCAUGCCAAACCUGACUGAACUGACACUAUGGGGAAAGGAUUUCCGGGAAGAGUUCUAUUCUACGCUGAAUGCAAAGGCAUCAACCUUACAGGUCCAAACUGUCAUGCUUGUGAGUGUUAGGUGUCCAGCAUCAGCCUCUUCAAAUCACCUUGUAAAAGCUGUGUGUUCCAUGCCAAACCUGACUGAACUGAGACUAAUUGGAAAUGAUUUCCAUGAGGAUUUCUAUUCUACACUGAAUGCAAAGGCGUCAACCUUACAGGUCAAAACUGUCAGGCUUGUGUGUGUUAGGUGUCCAGCAUCAGCCUCUUCACAUCACCUUGUAGAAGCUGUGUGUUCCAUGCCAAACCUGACUCAACUGACACUAAGUGGAAAGGAUUUUCGGGAAGAGUUCUAUUCUACGCUGAAUGCAAAGGCAUCAACAUUACGGGUCCAAACUGUCAGGCUUGCGAAUGUUAGGUGUCCAACAUCAACCUCUUCACAUCACCUUGUAGAAGCUGUGUGUUCCAUGCCAAACCUGACUGAACUGACACUAUGGGGAAAGGAUUUUCGGGAAGAGUUCUAUUCUACACUGCAUGCAAAGGCAUCAACCUUACAGGUAUGUGAAGCCAAGUACCCAGAAGCAGCUGCAAUCCUGAAAAGAAACAUCGACAUGGAUGACAUCUGCGAUUCAGUAGAGACUGAAGAUACAGCAAAGAAACGUAUCACAGAGGUAGAUGAACUGUUAGAGGCAGGAGGGUUCAAGGUUAAAGGUUGGCAAUCAAACAAGCCACUUGAUGGAGGCAACAAGUAG